AAAUCAAACUAGAAAAUGGGCUCCCGACAAAAAACCUGGCCCAGAAAGAAACACAAUAAUUGAGAAGGAGUAGGAUUGUCAAAAACGAAAAAGGCGGUGACCAAACCUGUAAAUUCACAGAAUCCUAAUCCGAUUCAGUAUCGUCUUCCCCAAACCCUCAAUUAUAUAAACACACACAUCCACGCACAAUAACACAAACCCUAAUUUCGACAACUCUUGUAGCCAAUUUCGAGUCUUUGAUCCAGUAAAGCCCUUGCAAUCAUGUUGGUUUAUCAAGAUUUGCUUACUGGUGAUGAGCUUCUGUCAGACUCAUUUCCGUACAAGGAAAUCGAGAAUGGGUGUUUAUGGGAAGUUGAGGGAAAGUGGGUUGUGCAAGGAGCAGUUGAUUUGAACAUUGGUGCAAACCCUUCUGCUGAGGGUGGUGGUGAAGAUGAAGGUGUUGAUGAUCAGGCCCAGAAGGUGGUCGAUAUUGUGGACACCUUUAGGCUCCAGGAGCAACCUCCUUUUGACAAGAAGCAGUUCGUGGCUUAUAUCAAGAAGUACAUUAAAAACUUGACAGCCAAGUUAGAGGAUGACAAGAAAGAGGAAUUCAAGAAGGGUAUUGAAGGGGCAACCAAAUACCUGCUCGGCAAGAUUAAGGACCUUCAAUUUUUCGUUGGGGAGAGCAUGCAUGAUGAUGGUAGCUUAGUCUUUGCUUAUUACAAGGAAGGUGCAACUGAUCCAACCUUUCUGUACUUUGGUCAUGGAUUGAAGGAGAUUAAGUGUUAAUCAUGCGAAGAGCUAUUGGAUGUGCUUGUUGUAGUUCUAGUAAUCUAUGUUUUAAUACUUCUCGCUUCAGUUUUGUUCCCAACUCAGGUUGAAGACCUUUUUGUUGUGUUAUCUUUGCUGGAUUGCACUAUGGAUUUCAUCUAAUUUAAUGGCAGUUUUGGUUGUAGUAUUUUUUUUC